AUGACCUGCUACUUGGGUUAUGUGGCCGAUUCAGAUGAGGAAGGCACCGCUAUCGACCCAACACGGCCAACGCCCAAAAAGCGGCACCAUGACCAGGUGAUUGUUACACCGGAAUCAACGGCCAAGCGUGGCAAGAUAGAGAGCUCCAGAAAAGAGGGGCCACCUCCGAAACGGCAGACGUUGUUGGCCUUCACAGAUGGGAAAGUGCCAUAUUUGAACGAGACUCCUCCGGCCCCAGAAGCUGUUGAGGCGACAGUGCGACCUUCAAUCGCGGAGGAUCAACAUGAGGAGCCAAUCUCCAGCACCUCCAAGCUGGUAGAGGGGUACACAUUGCGCGACUUGCGCCGCGUGGUCUCUGCCAUGCUGCCACGCUAUGGGCACCUUUUGAAAAAAGAGGAGGUUCAAGCACUACGUGCCUUUGAGGCGCUCUCGCUCUCGGGGCAGCAACUCUUUGCACGCUUGCUUUGCAGAAAGUGGCCGCAAUGGGUCCCAGCAAAGGGCUUGGGAGCUAGAUAUCGCGAGCUGGGCGAGGAGGAGGCGCAAAUUGCUGCAUCUGAGCUUGCCCAGCCGUUGCCGCAAAUUGUGCGUACAACAUCCGGAAGUUGGGGGCCUUUGCUGGACCAAAUUGACAGUCGAUGUGCACCUCCCAAUGGUCCAUGGCUGCUGGAUUCUGCACGGGAAACGGCAUCAAGCUUGCUUCAACGGCCGCUUUGCGUAUCAAGCUGUGAGAACUUUGGCAAGCUGCUCCUUAGUGCUCUACCUGUCGGAGAGCUGAGACGCAUGGGCCGCGGACUGGGCUUGGCUGAGCGCUGUGGCAAAAGCCAGUUGUUGGAGAAGCUCUGCGAAGCGGCCAAGCAGCAGCGCUUGCUGCAAGUCUCCAAGAAGCCACACACAGAUGGCAUAGAGGCCUUGGUCUCACAAGCCCUCCGCUCGGGGCGCUGGCUGUGCUGUGCCGAUUCCAUGGGCCGUCAUGCCUUGAUGGUCUUAGGGGAACUCUUUCGCAUUGAAAGCUGUGGAGCUGCAGAGGUCUCCUAUGUGCUUUUCACCACCAAGUGGCCACAGUUUUCUUUCCAGGAGGCGAAGCCUCUCUUCACCGACCGUGACUCUCUCGACGCCUUUGUGGCUGCAAGAUCGAUGACUGGCGAGGACUUUCAGCGCUAUACUUUGGAGGGGGCCGAGAAGGACGCUUGUGCAGCGGAGGAAGGUUUGCAAAGGGCCUUGGUUUCCGUGGCAAAUGACUUUGAGGCGGCCAAGCUGCGCGACCCCUUUCGUCGCCGCUUUACCGCGGCGUGGCGCUACGCCGAGGCACUUCAUCACGCUGUUACGAACUCUCCGGCUGUAGGUCAUGAUCAAGAGCUUCAAGCCGCAAAAAUUCGGCGGCUCAAGCUGCUGCUAAGCUCAAAGCUUUGCCCUGCAAAACGUGGUCGCUGGUAUGCUGAGUUGGCCAAAGAGCUCGCACGAAGCGAAGGCCCAGCAGAAGCUUUGGAACUCGCAGCCCGUGGCCUUGCUGAGGGGAUGGAUGUGGCUCCUGCAAGUGCGGUGGAUCUCACCAGCGAAGUUGCCUCUUCACAGGAGGUUGUUGGAACUCCCGAUGAGCGGCUGCGAGUCUUGCCUAGGGAUGCACGCUGGGAUCUCGCGCGGAGAUGCCGCACCCUGGCAAGGCAGGCGUGCCAGACUGGCAAAGCCAAGAAUGCCUGGAAGAGCCGGCUCCAGAAAACAGAGGCUGCCAGGCAAGAUGCCAGUGAUGGCAAAUGGCUCUCGGACUUGGCAUCUCGCUUGAUUGAAGAGGAGGACCAUGCUACAGGACCAGUUCGAAACCUCAGCGCCAGCAAACUGGGUCUACCGCAAAUAGCUCCCGACAGCGGCAAAUGUGGCAGAAGGAUGUUUGAUGGAUUUCGCUUGGAAGAGCUCACAGUUGAAGAGCUGGCCAUGCAGCACUACUUUACUGAAGAUGGAGGAAGCUUUCAAUGUGGUAUCCACUGUGAAGGCGCCAUUCUCAGGGAUCUGUUUGGCAUUCUCCUCUUCGACCAGAUGUUUCACUGUUCUGUGGAAGGGGCUUUCGUCUCUGCGUUUCAGGACGCACCUUUGGAUUUGGGCACUGAGGCAUUCUAUCCAUCACGAUCCACCGCCAUCGAAGCACGCCUUGGUGAGUUGGCAGCGAUGUCUGCAGGCGAUGUCGCAGCAGACGUCCGACAGAACUUUCGGCGCCUCCAGGGCUGGCGGAUCCGUGGUGUUCGAUGGGACCGAUAUGAUGCCACAGGCAUGUUCCUGCCUGCAUCAAGCGAUCCUCCUUCUCCCAACGACGAAAAGAAGGGGGAAAGUGAAUCAAGUGCCGACGAAGUGACCAAAGCUGCAACACGGAGCCGAGUGCUAUGCACCAGCUCCGCGGUGGAGGUGUCGUCAGAAGAUCGACAUCUCGCUGCUGCUGCUGGUGCGAUGGGUGGCCGGGCCCUGGCGGCGGCACUGCGGCUUCUGUGUGAAGACUACAACUCUGCAGGGCUACCAGAUCUAUUGCUUUGGUCUUGGCAGUCCACAUCCCCACGGGCGCGCUUUGUGGAGGUGAAGAGUGAACGCGACACCUUGGCCAGGAGGCAAAGGCUAUGGCUGUCAACGCUUCGAGCUGCUGGUGCAGAAGCAGAGGUGUGCCAUGUACGAGACGGUCAUGUUGAGGAAGUCUUUCAGAACAAGAUCCGGCAACGUCGAAAGCGAGCUGCCAGUGAGGGUAGCAGUGAGGGCUUUUGA